AUGUUCUACCCACCCGACCUCGCGCGUGUCAACAUAGAACGAUCUCUUCUCGAUCGCAAUCGUGAUCGUCCCCUUCCCUGGGGCGGCGUUGCCGUCUCCGUUGCUGCCCGUCUCGCUGCCCGCGGAGACAGUGGACGCGUGGUACCGCGGCGCGCCACACCUCUGGAUUGCAUCCUUCAAGAGGAAGACAUCGACGGCUAUAGCUUCGACCACGAGGACGAUCUGGAGUCUACGCUCGUUCGAGAGAGUUACAAACACGGCGUCUUGGUGAACAGCACGAAGUUUUUCUCGUACGCGUCCAAGGAGGCGCGCGCACGCGCGCGCCGACUUCGCCCGAGAUGGCGCUCGUUGUUCGAUCCGAGCUCACGGUUUCAACUCUCCUGGAACAUCCUCAUCGUGAUCGUGACGAGUGUGAUGUGCAUAGCGGAGCCUCUCGCUAUCGGCUUCGACGUUCCGAUGCGCGUGGGCGCCGGGAUGAAUCCGUAUGCGGUGCUCGAUUUCAUCGCCGGUCUCGUGUAUGCCCUGGACACGUUCUGCGUCAAUUUUUUGGAGGCGAAGAUAAUCACCUGUCGGAGCACGGGAAGACGGAAGCUUAUCACAACGCCAGCACUGAUACAUGUCAUAUACGUCGUCGACGGUACCUUCGCUCAAGACGUCAUCGUGUGCGUCCCGUUCGUGGUGCAGUUAAUAGCGAGCGUGCGACGAGCAUCAACAACAUCGGAGCGCUUCACGAGGAUCUUACGCCUCUUGCGCGUCGGAAAGUUCAUCGGUGCAUCGCUGACGAUGCCCGAGAUUCUGUUCAUGAAAGUUUUUCGCGCGACGCCCUUGGUUGUGUUUAUGAGUCAGACGAUCCUUGCGUUUUUACUCCUGGUCCAUUGUGUAGCCUGCGUAUACAUCCUUGUCGCGAUAAAAGAGGGACUCGAGAAUAGCUGGGUCGCACAGAUCGACUUAGAGGUCGCUUCCGAUACAAAACUCUACAUUGGUGCGCUAUAUUUCGCAACGGCCACGAUCACAACCGUGGGCUUUGGAGACGUGAGCGCCGGAGCGACCGCUGUUGAAAGAAUCACGGUAUCAAUCGGUAUGGUGAUGGGAGCCUGCUUUUACGCGUAUCUGGUCGGCUCAAUGGCAUCCAGCAUCGAAAAUCUAUCUUUAAAGAUUUCGAGACAAAGGAAGAGUCGUGUGCGUCUGACUCGCGUCCACGCAUUUCUCGAUCGCCUACACGCGCCUCGAAUCACCCGAGCGCACGUCAUGUCUUAUGUCUCAGAGGUCGAGGUCCGAAAGACCUGCUUGCGCGAGAACGAAGAAAUAAUGAUAUCGCUACCGACAGACCUAAGAGAAGCUAUGACUUUGCACAUGCUUAGUCCGUCCGUUCGAAAGAUUUUCGGACCCAUGUCGAACGGGACGUGCGCUCGGAUCGCUAGCGUGUUCGACAUCGUCGUCGUCGACCCGGGCGAAGAAAUUGAGGCUGGAUUUUUCUACAUCGUGACCGAAGGCGUCAUCGCGGUCUCGCAUCUCGACGGGCACAGGUUGAGCGCCGUUCUCACGGGCGCUUCCACCGACGCCUCGGCCGCUUACCUAUCCUACUUUGGAUUGGACGUGCUCAUAUCGGCGGAGAGGAGAGCCGAUAUUCGUGCUUCAUCGCUCACCGUAUGUGAGCUCUGGCGUGCGUCCGAGAAUAGCGUUCGAACGCUAUUGACGAAUCACCCAAGUGUGCCUCAAUUCAUGCUCGAAAACUUGCGAGCGGUGCAAGAAGACGACUUCGCCGAUUUGCUACAACGUCGCGUCGAGACGUUGGAGACGUUCGUUACUUCACUCAGACGACGACCGUGA